AAUCUCUUACAGCCCGUAAAAAUCUCAGCGGAUUUUCUCGCAUUCUCUCUCUCUCUCGCUCUUCCCCGGAACAGAUCCUGCGACGACGGCGACGGCGGCGGCGGCGGCGACGGCCACCUCGCGCUCGAUCAUCCGCGUUCUUCGUCUUCGUUCCGCCCCCCGGUUGUCCUCUCGUGUCGGCUUCCUCGGAGGGCCCCGAAAGUUCUCGGACACCUUCGCGGCGUCCUCUCUCUCCGGAAGCCGACGAUUUUCCUCGUGUCGUUGCGUAGCAAGAAGCCGUCCUUCCUCCGAGGAAGCUGCCGGUUUGGAAGAGCUUCUUCGGUUUGGAGAUAUAGUCCCUCGCUCGAGCUUUCAUUCGCAGGGGUAGAGAGAGAGGGAGAGAGAGGGAGGGAGGGAGGGAGAGAGGGAGGGAGGGAGAGAGAAGGAAGAGGGAGUUUCACAGAUGGCUAUGCUUGGGGGGGCGCAAUGGAGAGGUCGGAGAUCGGUGACCAUGAUCUUCGUCAACCUCACGUUCGCGCUUCUGCUUGCUUCCGCCGAGCGGGGAUUGAAGCUGAAUCGCGAGCCUUCAGGGGUCGAUGAGGCGGGCGAAACUGUUCCGGGUUUCCUAUCCAGAGCGGUGAAUUUCUUGUGGCAAUCCGAUGGGGCGGGUUAUCAGCAUGUUUGGCCGGACAUGGAACUCGGUUGGCAAAUUGUUGUUGGUUCCAUUGUUGGUUUCCUCGGAGCGGCCUUUGGGAGCGUGGGUGGUGUGGGCGGUGGCGGCAUCUUUGUUCCCAUGCUGACUCUGAUCAUAGGCUUUGAUCCCAAGUCAGCUACUGCUAUUUCAAAAUGUAUGAUCAUGGGUGCUGCAGGAUCAACCGUUUACUAUAAUCUCAAACUCCGGCAUCCUACAAUAGAUAUGCCUAUAAUUGACUAUGACCUGGCGCUGCUCGUCCAACCAAUGCUCAUGCUUGGAAUCAGUUUAGGAGUUGCCUUCAAUGUGAUAUUUGCUGACUGGAUGGUCACAGUUUUAUUAAUUAUUCUCUUCAUUGGCACUUCCACCAAGGCAUUCUUAAAAGGAGUCGAGACGUGGAAAAAGGAAACCAUAUUGAAAAAGGAAGCUGCGAAGAAUCUCAAUUCUGUUGGAAAUGGUAGCACAGAAGUGGAAUACAAGCCUCUUCCUGGUGGUCCAGGCAAUGGCCCACAGCAAAGCAUAAAAAAAACGGAGGUCACAAUCCUUGAGAACGUUUGCUGGAAGGAGCUCGGACUUCUUGUCUUCGUUUGGGCUGCAUUUCUUGUCCUGCAGAUUGCCAAGACUCAUACAGCUACUUGUUCUGUUGCGUACUGGGUACUUAACCUGUUACAGAUUCCAGUUUCUGUUGCAGUAUCUCUUUACGAGGCAGUUAGCUUAUACAAGGGAAGGAGAGUAAUUGCUUCCAAGGGAGAUCAUGGCACUAAUUUAAAGGUGCACCAAUUGGCCCUUUAUUGUGCCUGUGGUGUCCUGGCUGGAGUAGUAGGAGGACUACUUGGACUAGGUGGAGGAUUUAUAAUGGGGCCACUAUUUUUGGAAAUGGGAAUUCCUCCUGAGGUCUCCAGUGCCACAGCGACCUUUGCAAUGACCUUUUCCUCUUCCAUGUCUGUUGUAGAAUACUAUCUUCUUAAUCGUUUUCCUGUUCCUUACGCACUCUAUUUUGUUAUGGUUGCUACAUUUGCUGCUCUGGUAGGACAACAUAUUGUGCGAAAGCUUAUUAUAGUACUCGGAAGGGCGUCCCUUAUCAUCUUCAUUUUAGCCUUUACAAUUUUCGCCAGUGCCAUCUCGCUAGGUGGAGUCGGCAUAUCCAACAUGAUAGGAAAGAUUCACCGGCACGAAUACAUGGGAUUCGAUAACCUUUGCAAGUAUGACGCGUAGUGUCCGAUUCGUUUUGCCAUCAUUUUCUCGUCCCCGGUCUGUGUACUGGGAACAGAGCAUUCUGCGGGGAACUUAAAUGUGCCUUUUGCUUGGUACCAAUUCUGGCCUUUGCAGAUGGUAACAUUUGAGCCGUUUUAACUUAAUCUACUCGAACUUUAUUGCGAUGCAUCAUUGAUUUGAUUCAUACAACUUUUGUCAUCCUUUGUAACAAGAUUCUCUAUGAAUCAGAGAAUCAAUUUCUUCGUGCUUCGGAGAAUCAAUGGGAAGAACAACUUGAAAUGACUAACGCAUGUGACGGUUGCGUUUGAUCUCCAAAAAUGCUUUCACUUUCGAGUUUGGUUAUAGCAAACUCCCGUACAUUUUUCUGUUCUCCCGAUUAUAUGUUUGGUACAGAAACGAGGAUUCUCGUUUGGCCUGAAAUUUGUGAAAGUUGUUUGAUUGC